GUCUCCCCUCCCCGUUUACAAGUCAUGAUGGCGGAACUGUAGACCUCGAGACGAGCAGGAGUGCACCGCCAGUCCUCGUUUGGUGUUUGUAUAUAGUUAUUUAUUUAUUCAGCUUUACGUCUUCCACCGAAAUGACCCGCUGGAUCCCGACUAAAAAAGAGAAGUACGGAGUCGCCGUCUACAAUUAUGAGCCCAGUGGGGAGCAGGAGCUGUGUCUUCAGGUGGGGGACGCGGUGCACAUACUUGAGAAAUUGGAAGGCUGGUAUAGGGGCUACAGGCUACGCAAGAAAUCCCAGAAGGGCAUUUUCCCAUCUUCCUACAUCCACUUAAAGCAGGCUACAGUUGAGGGAACAGGCCAACAGGAAAUAAUAAUUCCAGCGGAAUUGCCCCUGGUGCAGGAGCUCGGUGCGACUCUGAGGGAAUGGGCACAGAUAUGGCAGAAUCUGUACGUGGCGAACAAGACAGCCCUGUUCCGGGCUGUUCAGCAGAUGGCCUACAGCCUCAUCGAAUACAGAUCUCAGAUACUGUCGGGGACGCUGCCUCAGGAUGACCUUGUGGAGCUCAAAAAGAAAGUCACAGCAAAGAUUGAUUACGGGAACCGGAUUCUGGGAUUGGACCUGGUGGUGCGAGAUGAAGCAGGAAACACACUGGAUCCUGACUGGACCAGUACGGUCAGUCUGUUCCGGGCCCACGAGACCGCUUCACGCAGCGUCGAUGACAGGAUACAAGAAGAGAAGACGAGGCUACAGAACCUGGAAAUGAGGCGUCAGACCCUGUUCAGUACGGUACACACCUACAGUCUACUCAUGAACCUGAAGAACUUUGUGUGCAACAUCGGAGAAGAUGCUGAGCUCCUCAUGUCCCUGUAUGACCCCGACCAGUCUGAAUUUAUCAGUGAGAACUUCCUGGUGCGCUGGGACAGUAUGGGGAUGCCGAAAGAAAUUGAGAAACUCAACAACCUGCCAGCUCUAUUCACGGACCUGAGCAGCAGUGACUUGAUGAGGCCACGCCUCUUCUUGGUGUGUCAGAUCAUCCGAGUGGGCAGCAUGGAGCUCAAAGAGGGCAAGAAGCACACCGGAGGACUGAGGAGGCCAUUUGGAGUGGCGGUGAUGGACAUUACAGAUAUCGGCCACGGCAAAACAGACGACGAGGACAAACAGCAUUUCAUCCCCUUUCAGCAGAUAGCGAUGGAAACCUACAUCCGUCAGAGGCAGCUCAUCAUGUCUCCGCUCAUCCCGUCUCGCGUCAUCGGAGAGAACGAGCCUGUCCAUGCUGUCUUCAACAAAGUCAUCGCGACGCGGGAGGUCAAUCACAAAGGCCAGGGACUGUUUGUGACCCUGAAGCUCCUCCCAGGGGACCUUGCCCAAGUCAGGAAGGACUACCCCCACUUUGUUGACCGCAGCACUGCUAUCGUGAGGAAAAUGGGCUUUCCGGAAAUCAUCCUCCCAGGAAUCGUGAGGAAUGACAUUUACGUGACAUUGCUGCAGGGAGAGUUUGACCGUGGUAAAAAGAAGACCCCGAAAAAUGUCGAGGUCAUACUGAGUGUGUAUGAUGAUGAAGGCAAUUCCAUGGAGAAAGUGAUAUUUCCUGGAGCCGGUUAUGAUGGCAUCACAGUGUACAAGUCUGUCAUUUACUACCAGGUGAAGCAGCCCUGUUGGAAUGAGACGGUGAAGGUGACAAUUCCCAUCGAAGACGUCUGCCGCAGUCACCUGAGGGUGAUGUUUCGCCACCGAUCCUCCCAGGACUCUAGGGACAAAUCGGAGAAGCCCUUCGGUAUGGCCUUCGUCCGGCUCAUGCGAGGAGAUGGGACCACGCUGAAAGACGGCAGGCAUGAACUUAUCGUCUAUAAGGUUGAUGUGAAAAAGACGGAGGAUGCAAAGGUUUACCUCACCUUGCCGGCGACUUGGGCUGAGGUGGAGGAAAAGGAGAAGCAAACGGGGAAGCAGUUCCACCAUUCGGGCGUGGUUCCUGUGACGAAAGACAGCUUCCAGAUCGCUACGCUCACCUGCUCCACCAAACUCACUCAGAACGUGGAUUUACUCGGCCUGUUAAACUGGCGGUCUAACCCCGAAGAUCUGGACCAGAUUCUGCAGCGGCUGAUGGAGAUCGAGGGAGGGGAGAUCGUCAAAUUCCUCCAGGACACUCUCGAUGCCUUGUUCAACAUUAUGAUGGAGACCUCCGAGAAGGACACCUAUGACACUCUGGUGUUUGAUGCCUUGGUAUUUAUCAUCACACUUAUUGGCGAUAUCAAAUUCCAGCACUUUAAUCCGGUCCUGGAAACCUACAUCAACAAGCACUUCAGUGCCACUUUGGCUUACAUGAAGCUAACGAAGGUGCUUAACUACUACGUGGGCCACGCCGAGCUGCUCGUUCUGAGCGAGAGGCUCUACGGAGCCCUCAAAGCUCUCAAGUACCUGUUCAGAUUCAUUGUACAGUCCCGGGUCCUCUAUCUCAGAUUCUAUGGCAACAGUGAGGACGGGGACGCUUUCUCCAACUCCAUUCGCACCCUCUUCCUGUCUUUCAACACUCUCAUGGACAGACCGCUGGACGAGGGUGUGAAGAUAAAGGGAGCAAUAUUGAAAUACCUCCCCAGCAUCAUUAAUGACAUCCAGACUGUGUUUGAUCCCGUGGAGCUCAGCGUCCUCCUCGCAAAGUUCAUUGAGAGCAUUCCUGACGCUCAGCUUGUACGUCAGAAGCUGGGCUGCAUGUGUAAAAUGGUGGAGAGUGACCUUUUCAGGCAGCCAGAUUGCCGAGAUGUGCUUCUGCCGCUUGUUACUGACCAGUUGAGUGGUCAGCUGGACGACCACUCUUGUAAACCAGACCACGAGGCCUGUGCUCAACUGCUCAGCACAGUGUUGGACAACUUGGACCGCAAGGACGUGGGUCCAACCAGAGGGCACGUUCAGCUGAUAAUGGAGCGGCUCCUCCGCAGGGUGAACCGCACUGUCAUCAGCAUGGAGAGAUCCUCCCCUCUCAUUGGCCAAUAUCUCGCCUGCAUGACGGCCAUCCUGAAGCAAAUGGAUGACAUGCAUUACGCCCACUACAUCAGCACCUUCAAGACGAGACAGGACAUCAUUGACUUCCUCAUGGAGACAUUCAUCAUGUUUAAGGACCUCAUGGGCGACGUCUUCCCCGCUGACUGGAUGAUCAUGAACCUUGUUCAGAUGCAGGUCUUCCUGAGGGCCAUCGACCAGUACUCGGAUGUCCUCAACAUGUAUUUUUUGGACGAGGCACAUUUUGAACUCCAGCUGUGGAAUCACUACUUUCAUUUGACUGUGGCGUUCCUCACCCACAAGACACUGCAGCUGGAAUCCUUCUCUCAGGAGAAACGAAAUAAGAUACUGAACAAAUAUGGAGACAUGAGGAAGCCUAUUGGGUUUAAGAUCAGAGAUAUGUGGUACAAUCUGGGCCCCCACAAAAUGAAGUUCAUCCCAGCCAUGGUCGGCCCCAUUCUGAAGGUCACCCUGGUGCCGGAGCCGGAGCUGAGGAAGGCCACCAUCCUCAUCUUCUUUGACAUGAUGCAGUGCGAGCACAACUUCAGCCCCGGACGCACCUUUGAAAAGUUUGAGAACGAACUGAUCACAAAAUUGGACCAAGAGGUGGAAGGAGGCCUAGGGGAUGAGCAGUACAAAGUCCUGCUGGAGAAAACGUUGCUGGAACACUGCAAACGCCACCGCUACCUGUCGCAGUCCGGAGAGGAGCUGGCGCUGCUGCUGAGCAGCCUGCUGGAGAAGCUGCUGGCGUACCGCACCAUCAGCCACGACGAGAGCCCCGAGCACCGCAUGAGCUGCACGGUCAACGUGCUGAACUUCUACAAAGAAAAAAAGAGGGAAGACAUUUACAUCCGGUACUUGUACAAGCUGCGGGAUCUGCACCUGGACUGUGAGAACUACACGGAGGCCUCCUACACGCUGCUCCUACAUGCUGAAUUAUUGGAGUGGUCUGACAAAGCCUGUGCACCUCAUCUGAUACCUGGAGAUGGGGACCAUGUAUGGACUCAACAGGAGCUGAAAGAGAGGCUCAUCCAGGAGAUCAUCUGCUACCUGGACAAGGGCAAGAUGUGGGAGAAGGCCAUCGAGCUGGGCAAGCAGUUGGCCAAGAUGCACGAGAGCCACAUGUUUGACUUCAUGGAGCUGAGCCAGCUGCUGAAAAAGCAAGCCCAGUUUUAUGAAAAUAUAAUGCAUGCAAUGCGGCCGCAGCCCGAGUACUUUGCUGUGGGAUAUUAUGGCCUUGGAUUCCCUUCAUUCCUCAGGAACAAGAUGUUCAUCUACCGAGGCAAGGAGUACGAGUGGCUCGAAGACUUCAGCCUAAGGCUGCUCUCUCAGUUCCUCAACGCAGAGCGGAUGACCAGCACAGCGCCCCCUGGAGAUGACAUCAGCAACUCCACUGGACAGUACAUCCAGUGCUUUACUGUCAAGCCCGUUCUCACCGUGCCGCAGCAGUUCAAAGACAAGGGGGUUCCAGAGCAGAUAUUAAACUACUACAGAACCAAUGAAGUGGACCAGUUUAAGUAUUCCAGGCCCUUCAGGAAAGGUGAAAAGGAUCCAGACAAUGAAUUUGCAACCAUGUGGAUCGAGAGAACGACGUACAUCACAGCCUAUCGCUUCCCCGGGAUCCUGAAAUGGUUUGAAGUCAAGUCUGUCUCGGUGGAGGAGAUUAGUCCUUUGGCGAACGCCAUAGAGACCAUGGAGAUGACUAAUGAAAAGCUGAGUAACCUCGUGCAACAGCAGGCAUGCGAUCGCUCGCUGUCCAUCAACCCGCUGUCCAUGUUGCUCAGCGGCAUCGUUGACCCAGCUGUCAUGGGCGGCUUCUCCAACUAUGAGAAGGCAUUCUUCAUAGACGCCUACAUCCAAGAGCACCCAGAGGAUCACGAGCAAAUCGAGGUCCUUAAGCAGCUCAUCGCCCUGCAGAUCCCUCUGUUGGCGGAUGGGAUUCGUAUCCACGGGGAGAAGACGACGGAGCAGCUGAAGCCGCUGCACAACCGUCUGGUGACUUGUUUUCAAGACCUCCGGGAGAAAGUGGAGAAGCAUUACGGCGUCAUAACCUUGCCCUGCUCGCUCACCGAGAGGAAGAAGAGUCGCGUGGGCUCCGCCGUGAUGCCCUACAUCCUGUCCUCCACCCUGCGGCGCAUGUCGACCGUCUCGACCGUCUCCAACGCCUCCUCGGGCCUCUCCAGCGGCUCGGCAUCCUCGGAUGGACCGUCCUGCAAUUCCUCCCACGAUUCCUUGUUGUCCCGUCCCAGCGACCGCAGGGCCUCCGUUCUGUCCCGCUUUGAGGACGACAACCGGAUUGCUCGAAAGAACAGGAAGGAUUGGAGCGUCAGCAAAUCCCAGGUCCUCCUGGAGAGGCCGUCGGAUGCAGAUGAGACUCAUCCGGAGAAGCAGCAGAGACCAAAGAGUUUACAGUUGGGGGACCGGCGGCUCACCCUCUCCCUGUUCCACGGGGCUUCAUCCCAGCUCAGCUUGUCCAACCCUCUCAGCCCUCUCCCAGCCUCUCCACAGACACCUCGCACACCACGCAGCUCCAGUUAUUCAUCGCUCCUCAGUGACAACGAUGUCAAUACCAACGACACCCCGGGGUCCCCCCCACCCAUGCCGCCGAAGAAACACCCGCACGAGAUUGACAACUUUGGGUUCUCUUCGGAGUUCACUCCUCCGCUACCGAUGAAAAUUGAGAGCAAGCCUCCUCCUCCGCCUCCGAAGACUCGGAAGUCGUUGCUCCCCACAUAUGAUCACACGCCCCACUAAGGCGACACCGACACAUCAUUCUCUGGUGUCGCUGUGAUGAAAGCGCAGGUGCAGGACGAAUGCAAGAUUUUCAGCGGGAAAACCCAAAUUUUUCGGAUGCAAGUCACUAAUAACUCCGAGCAGUUGUCGCAGAUUUUUUGUUUUUAAGCCACGAGGAAGGUUAUAUUGAUUAUAAGUGGGGGUUAUUUUUUUUCGAUAUAUAAAAGGGUACUACUGUGCAAAAAUGGAAAUAUGAUUUUGGGUAACUAAGGCCAGCAAGUCCUUGUGCUUUUUAAGAGUGAAUGAAACACAAGAUGCUUCUUUCUCUUGAAGAAAAGCCAGUAUGUUGUACAGACUUUAAUCACUCGCAGGGAAAAACGAAUGACCAACGCUGCAAUGUAAUAUUUAGCUUUUAUGUGCUGGAGUAACACUGGAUGACUUCUUUCCCCCCCCAAGCUGUUUACCGUCAUUCCAUAUUUUAACAAGCGAAAGCUGCAUUAGACACUCGUCACACGUUAUCAAGCACAGGGACCACAGUGUACAGAAUGCAACCGUGAGUUUGAAAUGUAGUUAUGUAGUGUGUAACAAUAUGAUCAAACCCAUUUUCCCAAACCACAAUGUUCUCGAGACACUGGAUGGCAUUUAUGAAUGUGUUGAAGAGUAUGCAUUUAUUUUUUUAUGUGUCGUAUGACCUGGAUACUGUAACUGAUGCUUCCAAACCUGCAUCACGUUGAUGUUGGUGUUCAGUGGAAGUCCAUUUUUCUUUUAAGGGAUCACGUGGCAUUUUGGGAAAUACGCUCCCUUGCCGAGAGUUAGAUGAGAAGCUGGAUGGACUCUGGCGUCUGUCUGGUCCUCACGAAGCUGCAGCACGCCUGUCUUUGCAUGAAGGUAACACAAUCUGCCUACCAGCCCCGAGACUUACUAAUUAACAUGAUUGUUAUUGCAAUGCGUUCCCCGUCUGUAUGCUAAGUUAAGCUAACGGCAGCGGGCUCUAGCUGUUCUUUUGUGCCAUAUCGAUCUUUCUCAUCUUAUUCCUGGCAUAAAGUAAAUAAGCGCGCUCCACAAAAUGUCAAACACGCCCUCAAAAGAACCCAAAACGCUGUACGGUGCAGGCAUAAAUGCCUUUGGAUUUCACUUUAGUAUUUCUGGAUUUUAUCUGCAGAUUCUCUUUAUGAUCAAUUAAUUAUUGAAAUUUAAAUUAUUGCUAUACCGUCAUUUGAAUUUUCCCGUUCUGCACAUACAGUGUGUAGAGAAAUGUGUUUUUAUGCAGCAUCAAAAAGUCUAAUUUCAACAUACUGCUUUACUGCUGGCUGCUUACAUUUUUAUAAAAAGACGCAAUACAAUGUACGUGCAGAGAGAGAUAAAACUAUGCACGUCAACUUGUUUGAAAAAUGAUCAAAUGUCAGUAUUUUAUUUUUAGAUCUUAAAUUGUUUCACAAGGGAUUCACUUAUUUUGUACGGUACACAUUUCUUGACAACACAUGUCAACAACAUUGUGUACAAACAAUGCCUCAAGAGAUAUAUAAUGAUCUUUUUUAUGAACAAGCUGUUGUUGACUGAACAAAAAUAAAGAAUUAUUAAAAGACCACAAAUUCUU